UCUUCACUGACUUUCUCUCUCUAUAAAUAAUUAUUGUACUCCCUCUUUACACCCCUCAUAUCCUCCAAAAGUCAGCGCCUUCCAUUUCUCUCUUCUCUCUCAAUCUAUCUCCUCUCUUCUCGCCGAGAUAUGGACGAUGACUGGGAUCUCUACGCGGUGGUCAGAAGCUGCACCGCCGCCGCCGCCGCCGGAAAGUCAACUCUCUCUGCAACUCCGAGUCAACCGAUGUGGAAUAAUCCGAUAACCUCCCCGCCCUUUCGGGUCCAAGAAAACGAGCAUUCUGCGAGGUUUCCAGAUCUACAAGAAGCCAGAAGAAGCGAGAACAUAGAAGAUUUGCAUGAGAUGUUUAAACCAUUUGCUCCCAAACAAGGCUCACAAAAUGAACCAUUUGGCCAGAAGAUGCAAACGAUUAGUCCACAAAAUAUUCCCAUCUCGCCUCUCUCUGUUCUCGGUGAUUUCUUGCCACAACAGCCGCCGCAAAAGAGACAGAGAGUUGAGCCCAAAACUGCUUUUUCCAUUUCUCAUCUCCCUCCGACUACUUCAACUGUUACUCCAAGAAACGCUUCUCAAAAUCCAAGGUCCAAAAGAAGAAAGAAUCAAAUGAAAAGGGUUUGUCAUGUGCCAUCUGAAGGUCUAUCUUCUGACAUGUGGUCUUGGAGAAAAUAUGGGCAAAAACCCAUUAAGGGAUCUCCUUACCCGAGGGGUUAUUACAGAUGCAGCACUUCAAAGGGAUGUUUGGCCCGAAAACAAGUGGAGCGAAACCGAUCCGACCCGACUAUGUUCAUUGUUACCUACACUGCAGAGCACAAUCACCCUGUCCCCACCCACCGGAAUUCGCUCGCCGGAAGUACUCGCCAGAAGGUAUCGUCCUCGGAAGGGGUUUCCGACGGCGACCCAAACAAGCCCACUUGCUCAACUCCCAUUUCGCCGGCGGCGAGUCUCUCGCCGGCGCCGGAGAAGUGUGAGAUCGGCGAAGAAGACGAGGAGUUGUGGGCAUCAGAUACCCCUCUGAGUGAUGAUUUCUUUAUGGGUCUGGAGGAUAUAGAAAUGCCGGCGGCCGGAGAUGGGGAGAUGGAUCAUUUUCCGAUGUUUCCAUGGACGGGUAACAAUGCGACAACGACGGCUGCCGGAGGUGUGUGAGUCGCCGGGAAGUGACGCCAGCAUGACGUAAGGAGGAUGCUAUUUGAAGAGUUAGUGGGCUUUUUUGGGUAUGUUAGAGAGAGGGGAGGAGAGUGAAAGCAGUGGGAAAAGGAAUAUUCCGAUAACAAUGUUUGUGAAUGUACAUUUGUAGGGUAUAAAUUAAGAUGCUCCAUUAAAAGUGAGUCUUGUAGAAGAAAAAAGAUUUUAUUCCUUCGUUACCUUUUAAAGUUUUAGUUGCAUUUUAUACUUUUCUAAUGUUAAAUUUUGUCUUAAGCAUAAUUCUAGUACUAAGGUGGUGUUUUAAAUCA